UCUGUGUCCGAAAGUAUUCAGCUAUCAUCGCAGCCCCUCACUUUAUAUAGUUUUGACAAAUUCUCAGUUCUUAAAGUGCAGAUCCUCCUAAAUCCAACGUCAACUUCACCUAAAUUCUCUCUAUAUAAUCACAUUUUCUUACAAGUUAAUAUCCUUAACAGAGCAACCUAAGAUUUUUUUAAGAACCACCUCUUCAUUACUCCAAAGCCAAUACAUUGAUUGAAUUUAACACAACAUGGAUAGCAUGUACAAAACCAGUAUUCAUGUAACGAGAAGUUUAUCAGAUUGUGGCUUAUCAGCAACAAAUGUAAGUGAACAAGAUAUGGUAAUGAAGAAAGGUCCAUGGACAGAGGAUGAGGACACUCUUCUUAUGAACUAUGUGUCCGUCCACGGCGAAGGUCAUUGGAACUCCGUUGCUCGAUGCUCAGGUCUUAAACGGAACGGAAAAAGCUGCAGACUAAGAUGGUUGAACUAUUUGCGUCCGAAUGUUCGACACGGGAACAUCACUCUCCAAGAACAGCUCUUGAUUCUUGAUCUCCAUUCUCGUUGGGGAAAUCGGUGGUCUAAGAUAGCGGAACAAUUACCGGGAAGAACAGACAAUGAAAUAAAGAACUACUGGAGGACUAGAGUGGUGAAACAAGCUAAGCAACUCAAAUGUGAUGUAAACAGCAAACAAUUUAGGGACACUUUACGUUUUGUUUGGAUUCCACGUCUCAUAGAGAGGAUUCAAUCAAGUAGUGGAACUGCAAUUCCUAAUAAUAAUUCAUAUGGACAAAGACAAACCGCCAUUAAAGCUCACAGUGAAACUUGUGGGACAACAAAUCCUCUCAUGUUGUCUGAGGUUUCGUCGUACUCGUCAGAGGUUGAUGUUCUGUUACCUCACAGUCUCUCUGAAUCAAACGUAUCUUAUGAUUUAAUGGAUAGUGCGGAAUUGGGAUCAACGUGGCAGGAGUGGAACUGUUAUGAUAUCCAACCAUUUGAACAGAGUAAUGGUUUUGGUGGUUCAGAAUUGUGGACUGAUGAAAACUUAUAUUUCUUGCAGCAGCAACUUGCUGAUUUAUGAUCCAGUUAGAGUUUAAGUGACAUUGUUAAAUUUUAUUUAAUUUAGUGGCAUUGUUAAGUGACUCGUUUAUUGUUAAGUGACUCAUUGUCUGUAAUUGUCCUACUCUUACAUGAUAUAUUAUAAAAGCCUUAAUUGUGCAA